UUCCUUCCUUCCUUCCUUCUUCACUUUCCCACUCCACCGUCUUGCUCCCCAAAUCCUCAAUUCUCUAUUAAAUCACAACCCGAACCUGUCGCCGAGCCGGCAAGGAAACCAAGAUGUCCGACCUCUGGUCAUCACUUCGCCGUUCCCGAACCAAAAUAGCGGCUCUCUGCCUUAUAAUAACUGUCAUUUUCCUACAUGGCACUUUCAACCCCGUAAAUCCCGGCUUCGCCGCCGAGGAAAACCAAAACCACCACGCCGGCGUUGACGCUCCUCUCAAGCGCCUCGAUACCCGUCGCUUACUUGAAGAAGCUCAAAACAACGAUGCCGCUCAGGCUGACAAUAACAGCAAUAGCAACGAUAAGAGCUACGCGGAAUUUGAUAUCGCCAAGAUUCUAGUCGAUGAAGAAGAGGGCGAAAAGGAAAAACCCGACCCGAACAAACCGUAUUCACUCGGGCCUAAAAUAUCCGAUUGGGAUCAACAAAGAUCCCAAUGGAUCUCAAACAACCCGAAUUUCCCCAACUUCAUCGGUCCAAACAAGCCCCGAGUCCUCCUCGUCACCGGUUCAUCUCCCAAACCGUGCGAAAACCCGGUCGGCGACCAUUAUCUACUGAAAUCGAUCAAGAACAAGAUCGAUUACUGCAGGUUACACGGGAUCGAGAUUUUUUACAACAUGGCGUUGUUGGAUGCGGAAAUGGCUGGUUUUUGGGCGAAAUUGCCCUUGAUUAGGAAGCUUUUGCUUUCGCAUCCGGAGAUCGAAUUCCUCUGGUGGAUGGACAGUGAUGCGAUGUUCACGGACAUGGCGUACGAGCUUCCAUGGGAAAGGUACAAAUAUUCUAAUUUAGUUAUGCAUGGUUGGAAUGAAAUGGUUUAUGAUGAAAAGAAUUGGAUUGGUUUGAAUACUGGUAGUUUCUUGUUGAGGAAUUGUCAAUGGUCGCUUGAUCUUUUAGAUGCUUGGGCUCCGAUGGGUCCGAAAGGGAAGAUUAGGGAAGACGCCGGUAAGAUUUUGACUAGGGAAUUAAAGGGUAGGCCGGUCUUCGAAGCCGAUGAUCAGUCUGCAAUGGUAUACUUGUUGGUCAAGGAACGAGAGAAAUGGGGUGAGAAAGUGUAUCUGGAGAAUGCUUAUUAUCUGCACGGUUAUUGGGGGAUUUUGGUGGAUCGAUACGAGGAGAUGAUCGAGAAUUAUCAUCCCGGAUUAGGGGAUCAUCGGUGGCCUUUGGUUACUCACUUUGUGGGGUGUAAACCUUGCGGGAAGUUUGGGGAUUACUCGGUCGAGAGGUGUUUGAAACAGAUGGAUAGAGCUUUUAAUUUUGGUGAUAAUCAGAUCCUGCAAAUGUAUGGGUUUAUGCAUAAAUCGCUGGCCAGUCGGAGAGUUAAGCGGGUUCGGAAUGAGACCGGUAAUCCACUUGAAGUUCAAGAUGAGUUGGGUUUGCUUCAUCCAUCUUUUAAAGCUGUUAAGAUCUCGGAUUCUUCAUAAUAUGCUUUGUACAUGAUUUCGGUUUAUCACGGUUGCGGAAAUAACGAAGUCUAUCGCAGACACUUUCUAGUUUCUAUUACAUAUAUUUCUACUUGAAUUCAAGAUCUACAGAGAGAAUAAUAUUAUUUUUAUCAACGAGA